GCCGGUGUUUUCUCCACGGCUGUCGAGGAGGUGAACAAAAGAUUGUAACCUUUGUAGAAGGUAAGUGAAUAUAACAGUUACAGAUUGUGUUUUAAAACAGUCAUAUGUGUUGCUUCAUAACGCACAAGUUGUGAAAUGUGGUCUAAAAGCCUGUCGGUAUACAGAAGUGAUAUACCUUCGUUUCCAUCCACAUACCCAUAUAAAUCAGCUGAUGACAUUUCGUAAUGCGCAUUAUGCGGCUUUGUUUAUAUUUAAAUCAUGAACCACAAUAUAUGUAAAUUAACGGACAUGUGUUGUCAUGUGUCAAUUAUUUGCUGGACAAUCUAUGAUCUUCGAAACACAUGUAUGUAAUUCGAGUCCGUGAAAUAGGUCAUCGCGACGGGAAACACAUGGGUCGAUCAAUUGUCCAGUGGCAGUCGGCCAGGGAGAUGUCGGCAAGCUGUUCUGAUUGUAUGGAGAAGGUUAAAUUACAUGUAUGUUUUUCUUUCUUGGUUAGACGCCAGUCUUCUUCACCGAAUAUUGUAUCUUGAUGUUACAUGUACACUCUUAGGAGAAGUGUCAACUUUCGUCAAAAAAUUUAUGUAACUGAUAACAAGUGAAAACAAUUAUUUCAUCUUUUUUUUUUGUAUCGGCGGAGGCAUGCACAUGCUUCGAAUCGAUGCAACACCUGUAGAGUUUUACCUGCUGAACGGUCCUUGGUCUCAAGUGGUCUAAUGUUUACAGUGAGAUUAACUUGAGGACUACCGACCACUGCCUGAAGUUCAUGGUCAGUAGCCUUCACCGCGGGAUGAUUUCAGAAGUCAGUCACAGAUCAUUCAGUCGUUAACAUUGAGAUAAGGUGAGGGAGUUCUUCUAUCACAAUGGAUGCAGGCAUGGAGCUCGACUCGGAGAAAAAAGACAUUGUUGUCAUCAUACGAUGCGUCAUCGUCGUUAUCGUUGGUGUCAUUUGCAUUGUGGGAAACAUGCUUGUUAUCAGAACACUCAUCUUUUUCAAAUAUCCCAAAAUCCCUAUGUAUAUAGCCAUUGGUGGCCUGGCGGCAGCGGACAUGGUUCGCGCUAUCUUUGAGGUGCCUUAUUUUGUUAUUAUUUGGACAAAGAACGGCGAUCUCCUAACUGUGGAUUGGUGCAAAACAGUAUCCUAUCUGAGUGACGUCAGCAUGUACGUAGCGGCCUGUCAUUUAGUAGGACUGAGUGUAAUCCGUUGUAUUUUACUGAAUGACAGAAUGCAUGUGCGUUCGUAUGUAAAACACGCCAUAAUAGGUUCCCUGAUUAUUUGGGUAGUGAUUCUCCUGAUGAAUAUCCCCGGGAUUAAUACAUCUUCUACGAGUAUGGGUGUGUGUGUCGAGGUGGAUACAGACCUAGAAACGGCCACAGAACGAAACCAAUGGUUGCGACUAACGUUUUCGUAUGGUUUGCCCAUACUUGUCAUCGGUGUGGUUUAUUUCUUAACGCACUACUUUUCGAAAAAGUUCUUCGCCGAGAGUUACUCGCGAAGGGAGCGUCGUCUGUCCAGAAUGGUGACGUUAUUAAUUCUGACUUGGGCAGUGUUCAAACUGCCGUACGAAAUUACUCGUAUGAUUUCGUUUUAUAAAUCUCGAAGAGUGGAGGAAAUAAUCACCGAAACGCCCCCCUCGGAAAUGUUAGAAUAUCAGGACGAGUUAGAAAAGUAUUUAAACUUUGGCAAAGUAGACAAAAUAAUGGAAUGCGUUUCGUUAGUGGACUUGGCAGCAAGACCAAUAAUAUAUAACAAAUUUUCUCAUUACUUUAGCAGAAGUUUUAGUGAGGUCAUAAACUGUACAAGCUGUCAAAACUCCCAGUCGCCAAAGCGUGUGUAUAGAAAGCAGCGCAGCGCAGACAGCAACAGUACCAAUGUUACGGACCUUGAUGUUGUGGAGGCACCCCUCAAUAUGUCCAGCAUUGAAAAGUUUACCGGAAGUGAUGACGAACAAUUCAAUAACAACCUAGGCGUCAAGGAUAUUUUUAUUAAACACCCGGGACCGGAAGCAUCUGAAGAGGACGCGAUUGUAGUGUUACCGUACGACGACAUCGUCGAACGAAUGCCGUCAUCAAAUAUUUAGAAUGUCGGUAUACAUGUACAAUGGAAACUGUGUAUAUGCCUUGCUCAACAGUUUUAAUCAAUUAUUCUGUAAUUGUUGUCAUCGGGUUUUAAUUCUGUAUAUAGUCACACCUCGUAAUGAAUACUGUAUGAUAUUACGUCAUGCCUUAAAUCGGAAUACCUCAUAUGUAAAUGCUCAAGUCUUGCUGUAGUAUGUCUAUUUCUUGUAAAGGAAUCCUCUUUGUUAUUUGUUUUGAGGUUCACGUAAGAUUUAUAUUGUAUUACUUACAUACAUUUCCUUUGUGUAGGUGAAUAUAAUUUGAUAUUUGGACAAUACUGGUGACACAGAAGCUACGAUUAUUUACAAGUUCUUCUAAUUGGUGCGAGAACAGCUUUAUUUUUGUUAUUCCAAAAAUGUGCUCAAUUAGUUUCUUCUUUCGGAAAUAUUACUUGUUGAUUCAACAAUUGAUACGAACAGAGAGACUGCAUGAUGCUACAGUAUACUGCUUGGUGGGUGUAACUGCCAUUCACUUUAUUGAAUUUUACCAGUAUUAAUACAAGUUAGUAACACGUUCUCGGAUUAAUCUGCCAAAUCGGCACCCACCGCUCUUUUACUUCGCAGGAAAUUCCAAGUUGCCGUCUAAUAUACCAUCGUUUGAUAAUUAGGGCCACAACAUGCGGCGAAUCCCUGUCCUUCCGCCCGUCCGUCAGUUUGUUUCAGUUGCACGCGAUAACUUAGUUUGCUGGAUGCGAUUUUUGAAAAUAAAUUUUACACAUACUUGAAUAAGGUAGAAGUCCCCUUUCAAUUUCAGAUUGAUCGGUUUUGUCCUUGCGGAGUUGUGGACUUGAAAUUUUUCAGAAUAUGAAAUAGAUUACAGGACUUUCUAUGGCACGUGAUAUCUUCGAUUUCAGUAAAAGUUAAAGAUGAAUGUACCAGCCACGCCGAUUCACAGUGAUAGAAUACCUGCUGGAUAUAUUCGUUUCGGAAAACUUUCUGACUUUUUGUUAUAUUCUCAAGGAAAUUUAUAUUGGUUUAUUUUCACCUGAUAGGUGAGAAUCACCCAUGACGAAGAUCUUUCUGAAGUCUGCAUGCAGACUUCAGGAAAAUCUUUAUUAUAGGUGACUCGCCUAUCAGACGAAAAUAGACCUCUGAAAACUAAUUCCUAUGGGAAAUGGUGGGCAAUAAUUUGCUACUGCGAACUUGGCAGAUUUAUCCGAGAAAAUUUGGACGACUUAUGGGUUGUGAUCUUUUGCUGAAGACGCUGUCUUUGUUGUCACUUUGAUUUUAAAUCCUUUCCUAUUAUAAAGUCUGAGGAUUCUUGACGAAUUUUGGACAUUUGUUGAAGUCAAGAUGCAAAACCAUUAAUCCAAAAUGCGUGAAGAUGCCUCGGUUGUGCAACAAUGCCUUUAUUGGUGUCCUUGACAUUCGGUGUCCCUGGCAGUGUUCUAAAGUCAGUGUCCUUGCAGUAUUGUUAAGUGUUCUGUUGGUAUUGAACUUCAGUGUAAGUGCCGAUAAAGCACUGUGCAAGAGGCAGGAAACAUCUUACUCGAUAAGUCGGCCAUCUGUCUAAUUGAUGGAUUAAUUGUAACACUUAACGAGACUUCUUUCUGCAUUCAGUUGACACAUCUUGAUUUAUCACAUUGUUACACGGGAGUUUUAACACAUGACUUUUGCCAUUUGUAUCAUGAAUUCUCACUUAUGUUUUCAUUUAAUGUGUUAAAAGUUGACACAGAGGGUAGAAACAUUUUCAUUUGUUCUAAUUUUGACAGGUGAAUUAGAGACACAACACUAUAGAAUGUUGUGUAGACACGAUAGGGCCGUAUGUAAAAGUUGUUAAUUGUACAUUUAAGUACAAAAUGCAGUGCUGGCGAGAAUAUAGGGCAUAUUUUCCUCCAUUGUGUCAGUUGUGUUAUAUUUGACUACGAGAUUUCCUUCUCUAAACAUUUGGAGCACCUAUUAAAUAACACUUAUUUAAGAUGAGAUUACAAAUUCCAUGGGAAUUUGAAAGUAACUUUUCUUUGAAAUUCCUGUAUACGGUUGUUAGUUUCUUAAUCAGUAUUCAUAAUAACACGGGUUAAAGGUCGUUGCCGAGUGAAAUGGAUAGGAGCUUUCUGAUUGUAUUGAUUGUAUAAUUUUGUAUAUAAUGUGUUAAAUAUUAAGUUUCACAUCAUUGCUUAGUUGAAUAAAUAUUAAGCAUC